AUGUCUGACGGAGUCGUCGUUCCGCCACCAGUAGCCCAGCCAGCUCCACAAACGAUUCGGCGCGGUGUCGUGAAACAAGUACGAAAAAAAUCGAAAUUUUUCAAAAUUUGAAAUUUUUUUUAGGUUCUUUCCGGAGAUGCUGUUGUUAUUCAAGGACAGCCAGUAAACGGUCCACCACCAGAGACAACCGUAUAUUUGAGCAACGUUACUGCUCCUCGAUUGGGAAGAAGGCCAACGGAAACAUCUACAGGAACUGCUGAUGAGGUAUAUAUGAAAGUUCACUAGUUCUCCUUCUCUUUAGAAUUUUGAAAUAAUUUGAAUCUUUAAAGCCAUUCGCAUGGGAGUCUCGUGAGUUUCUGCGCAAAAAACUCGUUGGACAGGUUGUCACCUUUGUGAAGGAUUACACCGCAACUUCGGGAAGAGAUCAUGGACGUGUUUACUUGGGAGGCACAAGUGAGAGACCGAGAUUUUUUUUCUUAAGUUUUUAUUUCUUAUUUUUAUUUAGGUCCCGCGGACGCAGAGAAUAUCGCUGAAACCGCUGCCUCGGAAGGCUGGGUUGAAGUACGACAGGGAAAAGUUUCCGAGUUAGUGUUUCUGGUUUUUCCCUUUUCACGAAGUUCUUAGCGAGUACUCUACAAGGCUGACUGAACUUCAAGAACAAGCGAAACAAGCAUCUCGAGGAAAAUGGAGCUCGGAUCACACCGCAGUCAGAGAGGUAUUUUCGAAAGCGAGGAUGACUAAAUAGAAAUCUUUUCAGGUGCGAUGGGUGAUUGAAAAUCCCAGAGAGUUGGUAGACAAAUACCAUCAAAAGCCCGUCGACGCUGUCAUUGAAAUGGUUUUUACUCGUUUCUUCUAUACCGAAAGUUCUUACGUUUAAGGUUCGAGAUGGAUCAACAGUUAGAGCGAUCCUUCUGCCUGACUUUGAGUACAUCACGCUUCAACUUUCUGGUGUUCGAGCUCCAGCGACCAGAUCCAAUACUGAGGGCAGAGUCGAGCCAUACGCAGAAGAGGCCAAGUUCUUUGUCGAACAACGUCUUCUUCAGCGCGACGUUCAGGUUUGUUCCAAGUUUUUUUUUUUGAAAAACUGUUUGAAAAAAAAACAGAAUUUUAAAGUACCUUUCAUAAAAGUAAUUUUUUAGAUUGUGUUGGAAUCUGUAUCGAAUCAAAAUUUCGUCGGAACCGUGAUUCAUCCGCGUGGAAACAUCGCAGAAUCUUUGUUGCGUGAAGGUUAUGCCAAGUGCGUCGAUUGGAGCAUCGGACUCUGCACCGGUGGAGCCGAGAAACUUCGCUCCGCAGAAAAGUCGGUUUUGAACUUUGGCUGUUUCCCUGAAACAUUUAUAGUUCUCUUUAUCAUCGAGUUUAUUGAUUUGCAGGCAGGCAAAAGAAAGCAAACUGCGUCUCUGGAAGUCUUACCAACCAACGUCAAGCGGUGUGAGCGGAGACAAAAAAGCGUUCACUGCUAAAGUCAUUGAAAUCGUCUUGUCUGACGCCCUUGUUCUGCUGAAAGACGAUGGCAGCGAACUCAAGGUUCACCUAUCUUCAAUCAGACUUCCCAGGUUUAAAUUUCUUUAUUCUUUUUUCAUUAAAAAUUUUUUUUGAAGAGAUGCCGAAGAGAAACCAGCCGUCGGAAGGCAAUUCAGACCCCUUUACGACAUUCCAUUCAUGUUCCAGGCACGCGAGUUUUUGAGAAAAAGGUAUCUCACAAAAAUUAAUGUUUGUAUUCAUUCUUCCCCUCAGAUUGAUUGGAAAGAAAGUUAACGUCCACAUCGAUUACAUCCAGCCGAAAUCGGAGCAAUUCCCAGAGAAAACUUGUGCGACGGUCAAGGUUGGCGAUCUCAACAUUGCAGAGGCUCUCAUUGCUAAGGGCCUCAGCAAAGUCGUUCGCCAUCGCUCGGACGACGAGAAUAGGUUCUUCAGAUGAUCGAUACUGUAAAAAUUAAUUUUGCCAGAUCUUCGGAUUAUGACGCUCUUCUGGCAGCUGAAGCCAACGCUGAGAAAGGAAAGAAAGGGCUUUUCGCGGACAAAACAGCCGACAAAAAAGAUACUCUGCGAAUUCAAGAAAUUGCUGGCGACGUUGCCAAAUCCAAACAAUUCCUGCCGUAUCUUCAGCGUGGUGGAAAGUACUAUUUAUUUUGUUUUCUUUGAAUAUUAUAUCGGUUUGAAGAGCCGAAGGAGUCGUGGAGUUUGUUGCCAGUGGCUCUCGCAUGAGGAUCUACGUUCCCAAGGAAACUUGCUUGGUUACAUUCCUUUUGGGCGGUAUCAGCUGUCCAAGGGUGAGGAUCUUCCUUUUAAUUUCUGUGAACUUUUUCGUCCAAAGAUAGUCACUGAAAAGACUAGUCGGAUUUUUUUUGUUUCGUAAACUAAAGUUUUGAAAUAAAAAAAAAUCCGAGCAGAGUUUUCAAAGUUCUAGAAUAAACGCUAACAAAUUGUUCAAUGUUCCGAAACAGGGAAAAAAAUUUUGAAAGUCAAUUUAUAUUGGACUUGCCAAAAGAACAGAGCCGUUCAAUCACAAGGUGGGAAACUGUUCCGUUCCGCCGCUUUUUGGCUCGAGUCAUAGAGUAGAAACAGAAAAACCCUGCGCGCGUGAAUUUAUCUUCGGACACGGCAUACAUUUUUUGAAUCAGCCAAUUACCAAUGUCACACUAUGGAAAUAAGAACCUUUUCAGAGCGCACGAGUUGGCGCUGGAGGUGUUGUGAAUGGAGCAUCAGAACCGUUCGCUGAAGAGGCUGCCACUUUCACCAAGAAACUCAUACUUCAACACGAAGUCGAACUGGAGGUCGGAGAAAAGAUUACUUGGUUCUUACCUCAUUCUUUUUCAAGGUUGAAAGUCUCGACAAGAGUGGCAAUUUUGUGGGAUACAUCUUUGUGUCCACUGAUGGAGGCCGACCUCAGAAUCUGAGCGAGCUUCUUCUCGAACAAGGGCUGGCAACCCUUCACUUCACUGCCGAACGAAGUGGACAUUACAACACGUUGUUGUCUGCUGAAAACCGAGCAAAGGCCGCUAGGUAAAAUGGCUCGAAGGAAAAUACAUUAUUGUUUAAUUACAGGAAGAACAUCUGGGCUAACUACACGGAAACGGAGGAAGUCUCCGAAGAGGCGGAGGUCCAGAAGAACGAUACUGCUGAAAGAAGAGUUCACUAUAAGAAGGUCGCUGUUACCGACGUUCAGAAAGUGAGAAAGCCCUGUCUCCGAAUUUUUUAUAAUUUUUUUGAUUCAGGGAAGUUUGAGAUUCUCGGCUCAGUUCAUCGAAGAUGGCGCCAAGCUGGAAAAAAUGACUGGCGAGCUGAGGGCUCAUCUUGAGCAGAAUGUCCCAGUCACAGGAGCCUACCAACCUCGCGUACGUCUUUGGUUCAAGUUUUUUUUUUACAAAAUCGUUCAUUUUUCUCUAUGACUUGAUCAUGUGAUUGAUUUGCACCUUGCAAAUCUGAAGGAAUCGGGGAUUCCAAAAAGAGUGAACUGGCCUUAGCGACCGCCAUUUUCACAACCUCUAAGUUGAAUGGCUUUCCUACAACAUACCGAUUUUUUUUAAACUGUCAUAAUAAGCAACUUAAAUUUGAGUAGUUUUCAGCGUGGCGAACUCUGUGCAGCUAAGUUCUCUGCUGACGGACAAUGGUACCGUGCCAAGGUCGAGAGCGCUCGUGGAGGUCAGGCAGAAAUCUUGUACAUCGACUAUGGGAAUGUGAGAUUUUUUUAAAAUCUCUGACAAAGAUUAAUUCUGGAUAACUUCAGAGAGAAACUGUUUCUUCCACUGCUCUCACGCAACUUCCAGCUGGCUUCGGAAGUCACCCAGCCGGCGCCAGAGAGUUCACCCUCGCAUUGACUGCUCUUCCAAGCGAGGUUCUUUUUCAUCCAGCAUGCUUUUCUUAUUGAGAAAUUAACUUCUUCAAAUAGUAUUCCCCGUUUGGAUUGUCGAAUAUAUUGUUUAAGGACUACGCGCCUUUCUGCCACGAAGAAUUUUCCAAUCUUCUGUUCUCGGUUCCUUCUGUUGAGAUCAAUGUCGAAUACAAAGUCGGCACAUCUGAAUUCGCUCAGGUUUGCUCGAAAUCCUCUCAUCUCUGUCAACUAAAACAUUCAGGUCCUCGUUGAACACAAUGGGAAGAAGCUGGAUGUUGCUAAGACUCUUAUUGAAGACGGCUAUGCCUUGGUCGACAAACGACGAGAACAGCGGCUGCAGCCAUUGGUGCGUUUCUGGUCUCGAGCUUUUCAUCUGAACUUGAUGUUUCAGGUGCAAGAAUACUCUAUUGCUGAGGGAAAAGCCCGCAAAUCACGCAAGGUCAUCUGGGAGUUUGGAGACUUCACCGGAAACGAUAUUUAA